GAGGCAGGGAGGCCGCUGGAGGUUCCUGCCGAGGGAGCGAGGGAGCGUCUAGGCCCAGUGCCGCUCUCCCUGGGAGGCUCCAGGGUUGCCCAGCAUGCCUGCUGGCAGGACAGAGGGGACUGACCCACUUGUUCCCAUCAGCUGCUGAAGGUGACACUGAGCCCCCGGUGACCCCUUCCCAGCAAAGCAGGUGCCUAUGUUUGCUAGACAAACUUAGCCCCAAAGUCCACAGGUGCAGAGAGCCAGGACCAAGAGACGCGUUGUCCGCCAGGAAUGGACAGAUUGCCAGAGAUGUGGUGUGUUGUUCUGUUAUCCCUGUUGGCGUGGGCUUAUGCUGACCCCACCAUGUAUGGGGAGAUCCUGUCUCCCAACUAUCCUCAGGCAUACCCCAAUGAGGUAGAGAAAACAUGGGACAUAGAAGUUCCCAAAGGGCAUGGGAUCCAUCUCUACUUCACCCAUCUGGACAUAGAGCUGUCUGAGGACUGCGCAUAUGACUCGGUGCAGAUAAAAUCAGAAGGCCAUAUAGAAGGGAACCUCUGUGGACAGAGGGCCAGCAAGAAUCCUGACUCCCCAGUUGUGGAAGAGUUCCAAAUCCUGUCCAACAAACUCCAGGUCGUCUUUAAGUCAGACUUCUCCAAUGAAGAGCGUUUCACUGGCUUUGCUGCAUACUAUGUGGCAGUUGAUAUAAACGAGUGCACAGACUUUGCAGAUGUCCCUUGUAGCCACUUCUGCAAUAACUUCAUUGGUGGUUUCUUCUGCUCCUGCCCUCCAGAAUACUUUCUCCAUGAUGAUAUGAGGAAUUGUGGAGUCAAUUGCAGUGGGGAUGUAUUCACUGAAAUGAUUGGGGAGAUCACAAGUCCCAAUUAUCCCAAUACAUACCCAGAGAACUCAAGGUGUGAAUAUCAGAUCCUGUUGGAGGAGGGGUUCCGAGUGGUGUUGACUGUGCGGGAAGAAGACUUCGAUGUGGAGCCAGCGAAUUCAGAGGGCCACUGUCCUGACAGUUUGAUUUUUGUUGCAGGAAACAAGCAGUUUGGUCCUUACUGUGGUAAUCGAUUCCCUGGACCACUAAAAAUUGAAACCAACAGUAAUGCUGUCAAUGUCAUCUUCCAAACUGACAAGACAGGGCAAAAAAAGGGCUGGAAACUUCGUUACUAUGGUGAUCCAAUUCCUUGUCCGAAGAAAGUCGAUGCCAAUUCAGUUUGGGAGCCAGAAAAAGAAAAGUACGUGUUCAAAGAUGUGGUGAAGAUAGCCUGUCUGGAUGGGUUCGAAGUUGUAGAGGGAAGUGUUGGCAUAACAUCCUUCUAUUCUACUUGCCAAAGCAAUGGAAAGUGGACUCAUUCCAAGCUGGAAUGUCAACCUGUGGACUGUGGCAUGCCUGAAACUAUUACAAAUGGUCAAUUUCAAGCUCCAGAAGAUACAGCAUUUGGUUCUGUCAUUCAUUACACUUGCAAGGAGCCAUAUUACUACAUGGAAAAUGAAGGAGAUGGAGAGUAUCGCUGCUCUAAGGAUGGGAGCUGGGUGAAUGAGUUACUGGGCACAGAGCUGCCACGAUGUGUUCCAGUCUGUGGCGUCCCCAGUAAGCCCUUUGUUGCAACACAGAGGAUAUUUGGAGGGUCCCCAGCAGACAUUGAAAGUUUCCCCUGGCAAGUCUUUUUUACUAAUCCGUGGGGUGGCGGGGCUCUCAUUGAUGAGAAUUGGGUGCUGACAGCUGCCCACGUGGUAGAGGAAAACCAUGACCCAGAAAUGUAUGUUGGGUCCACCUCUGUGGUCACCAGUAUUCUGAAAAAGUCAGCCACGCUGCUCAAGCCUGAGCGUGUGAUUAUUCAUCCGGGCUGGAAAGCCAAGUCUUCAGCAACGCGGACAAAUUUUGAUAAUGACAUUGCAUUGAUACAACUAAAAAACCCAGUGGAAAUGGGAUCCAAGAUCUCCCCUAUCUGCUUGCCAGGCAACUCCUCAGACUAUGACCCUUCCCAGGGAGUGCUUGGACUGAUCUCGGGCUGGGGCCGAACAGAGAAAAAGAAACAGCAUAUUACUCGUAAACUCUUGGGAGCAAAGUUACCCAUAGUUCCCUUAUCAAAGUGCCAGGAGGUGAAGGAGACAGACAAUGGGAUGGAUCCAAAGAGCUUUGUUUAUACUGAUAACAUGAUCUGUGCUGGAGGAGAGCAGGGUGUUGAUAGCUGUAGUGGGGACAGUGGUGGGGCCUUUGCCGUACAGGACCCCAACACAGAGAACACCAAAUUCUAUGUAGCUGGUCUGGUGUCCUGGGGCCCCAAGUGUGGGACUUAUGGGCUCUACACACACGUGAAGAACUACAUUGACUGGAUAAGGAAAACUAUGCAGGAAAACAGUGUCCCCAGUGAGGACUAAUCUACAUAGGUACCAUCAGCCUCUCCAAGGCUAUGGCCAAUGUAUUGUUUUUCGUUCCUUACAAUAUUUCCGUUUUUUCACCAAGACUGAUUCUUGCGCUACCUGGCUUGGAGGGAGUGUUAGAUGGUGACACUGUGUUGGUGAUUUGAUGUGGCCUCAAUCUGUGGGGCUCCUCCUUGGAGACCCAGUAUAGAGAACAACACAUGCGAAGUGCCCUUUUGUUUCACACUAUUUCUUUGGGGGAGGGGUCCCCUUUCCUGAUUUUGCCUGGUUUUACAUCCUUGACUCUAAACUUUAUUGCUGGGUAGAGCCUUGAUUUUUUUUUUUGUUCCCCUUUUAUCUGUUCAAGAUUCCAUUUCCUUUAUUAUUCUGAUGUGUCUACCACUUACUUAUAAUAAAACAUGUUUAUAAACCCGUUCUGGUUGACUGGGUCUAUUCCACAUCAAAACCUCGGUACCACAGAAAGGGCUCUUGUGUCAUGGAAAGAAGGGUGUCUAGUAGCAAAUACUUAAUUGCCACAAAAACGGGGAAUUCAGCUUCCUCUUCUCUUUCAUCUGAGAUUUGCUGACCAUUGUGAGUUAACCUCAGCAUUAACACAAGUCACCAUAUUCUGCUUUUGAAACUCAAACAUACUUGAACCUCAUUGAGAAAUCCACACACAACGGUUAGAA